UGGAAAGAUGGUGGUGGAGAAAUCUGUCAAAAUUGUACGUAGAUAACUUGGGGCUUUUAUUGCGUCAGUUGACAGAAAUAUGUUUCAGCAUCUACAGACACGAUGUUACGGUGUUGGUGACAGACAGAUCUUGUAUAAUGCAGCUAGAGGUGAUGCAUUUCUUUAUUGUUUGUCGAUUGUGAACACAAUUUGUUGGAAUGGGAAAGGCACAAGUAUUUUGUCAGGUUCUGAUGAUCAGCAUUUGAUGGUCACCGAUCCAUAUACAGGAAGGGAACUACACAGGAAGGGUAUCACUGGAUUAAUGUGUUCCUUCACACCACCCAGUUUGGAACAAGAGUCGUAUCGAGUAACCUCCCUUAACUUCAGCCCCGACGGAAAAGACGUCCUUGUUAGCUACUCCUCAGAAUUCAUCUACUUGUUUGGAACAGAUAACAAAGAAGAAUGCAAGCAAUUUACCAAAGAAGUUCCAAAACCACAGGUGGAAACUGAAACAAAAAGCAGUGACUCUGAUCAAACAGUUAAACCCCCACCUAAGACAUCAAGGCCUCUGACUGUAACCUCAGAGCCAACUCCAGGAACCUCCACAUCCACUCCGGAUGAUGAUAGUUCCUCUAGAGCGCCACCUGUUAAGCGCCUUCGUCUGCGUGGUGACUGGUCUGAUACAGGACCUAGAGCUCGGCCUGAGAGGGAACGACAGUCAACAUCAAGCAGCCAGGCGUCUAAUGAUAAUGAGCAAGUUGCUCCUGCAACAGCACCUGGUGGGCCAAGAGCUGCGAUAAUGAACCGUAUGUCAGACCUGCUUACACGAUGGUUAUAUGGCAACAUGAGAGAAGGCUCAGAUCAGCAAAAUCAGCAGGAAGGGGAGGAAGGAACUGAAAGAACUGAACAGAACCAGUCUACAUCUGAUGGUACUGAGGGUGCAUCACAGUCUACACAAAAUACACAGACACAGUCUACAGAAAAUACACAGAUACAUACUGCAGAAAAUGUGCAGGCACAGCCUGCAGAAAAUACACAGACACUGUCUGCAGAAAAUUCGGGGAAUCAGUCUGUUGAUACCCAGACUGUAUCUGAAGAAUUUUCUAGGACUGAUUUUAGUGGAGAAUCUCGAGCCCAUUCUGAGGAUAUUGCACAAAAGCAAAAUAAAGAGAGCUCUGAAAACCAGUCUUUAAUAACUGAAGAACUUGUUGUGCAUUCUGAUGCUAAACAAGAGUUUCCCACAGUAAAAGAACAGUCCGAAACUCAUGAAAUUUGUUCAAGUUUAAGAUCAGAUCAAGACUCCUCUGAUUCAAAAUCGGAUGAGUCCCAGUCAUCAUUUGUCCACAAGAUUGAAGCAAUCAGUGUAGAUGACAGUGAUUCUAAGUCCCCUUUUAGACAGAAUAUUGAUGAUAUAAAGGAAUCUUCAAAUGUAGAAGCAGAAAAUGAUUUAAAUGAUACCAUAGAAAGUGUAAAGAAAGAGGACUUAUAUAAUCCCUUAGAACCAACUUCUUACCCUAAUCCCAUGAUAAGCAUUCAAAAAAGCAGUGAAAAAAUUGAUUCUGUUAAAACUAUGCAAGAAAAGGUGUCAAAAUGUUCCCCCUUGCCAGCAAGAAAUGAAACGGAAUUGGAUUCUGUUCUUGUGUCAGAGAAACUGCCAGAAAAGGAACAACUAUCUAGUGAAAGUGGAAAUGACAAAUUAACUGCCUCAUCUGUGCAGAACGAAGCACUGAGUAAUGAUUCUGAAAGUCAUUCUGACGAAGAACCACCUUGUAUGGUUGAAACGGGUCAUUACCGAGAGACUGUAUCAGCAGCAGUUAGCUCCCUUAGAGCACAGAAUGUAAAACCUGUAGUUAGCCUGCAUUACUCCUCAGAAGGAACUUCUGCUAGUAUGAUUAAAGUUGGUUUUACACAGUUUCAGAGUCUUGAGGAAGAGAUUGCUGAAGAAAAUCCAGAACUUGGCAUUCAAAGAUCUGAAAAUGAACAAAAUAUGAAUGGAUUAAACAUUAAAAAUGAAGAUAAUGGUAGUGUUUCUCAAGUCAGAGAUAGUGAUGAUAUUAAUGAAGAAAAAGGUGGUGAUAUCAAAAGUGAUAAUAAUCAUAUUGUGGAUAAUGUGUUGAAUAACUCUACAAGUGAAGUUGAAUGUGGAUUAGAAAUAGAUAGUGUCCAUUCUGCUGAAUCAGAUUGUAAAAGUGAACCAAGAAAAGAAGGGACUGAACUUUCUAAGACAAACUUAGCAGGUGAACAAGGGGCAUGUGCAAUGGAUGUUGAAUACUGUGAUAAUGUAAGUGCAUUUAAACCUUUUUCUGUGAAAUCUCCUGACAAUGAGCAAUGUUUAGUUCUUGAUGAAGGUUUGGAAGAAACCGAGUUACAUAAAGAUACUCAUGGUGGUAUAUCAUUCGAAGUGCCAUCUUGUAGUUCCCAUGUAGAAGAGUCAGCAAAGCAGGGAAAAACUAGCCAGUUUGAGGAAAUUGCCAAUGUAGAUAAUUCUCAAAGAAAUGAACUUGAAGCUGUUGAAGUAAAAGGUAGUGAAACACAUAGUUCAGAAUGCAAACCAAGUGAACAAACAUUUGUUGAGAGAGCAGAAAGAAUGGAAGUGGUUGACGAACCAAAUAGAGACUCAGAACAGGGAAAUCUAAGUUCAUCUGGUGCAACUGCCGCUUCAAGGCCUAGACAAAGACGUAUUGGACACAGUGGGCCUCCCACAGGGAACUUCCAGUUGUAUGAUGAUCCUGCGGCCAGCAGUAGGGAUAGCAGUAGUGAGGAAGAAGUAGAACAAGAACAGAACACAGCAAGAAGAAGAACUGAUUUUGAGAGAACCACAGCUGCAUUGAAGCUUCAGGCAUUACAUCGCCUGCGUCAAGAGGCAAAGGAGAAAAAGGAAAUGGAGACAAAAAAUGUAUUCAUGCCGAAGGUGAAGAAGAUGUUCAAGGGUCACAGAAACGCAAGAACAAUGAUCAAAGAGUCUAACUUUUGGGGAGACAGAUUUGUUUUAAGUGGCUCUGACUGUGGACAUGUGUUUAUCUGGGACAAAUAUACGACUGAGGUGGUUAUGUUACUGGAGGCAGACAAACAUGUGGUUAACUGUGUACAGCCACAUCCCUUCGAUACUUUGCUUGCAACCAGUGGUAUAGACUAUGACAUUAAGAUCUGGACACCUCUACUUCAGCAGUCUGGGUUUGAUGAAGAGAGGGCACAUGAGGUAAUACAUCGUAAUGAAAUAAUGCUAGAAGAGACAAGGGAUACUAUUACUGUGCCAGCAGCUUUUAUGUUGAGAGUGCUUGCCUCUAUUAACAGUAUACGCUCGGGUCGAAGAGCAGCAGAAAGAAAUAGCAUGGAAAAUGUUGAGGAAGCCCAGGAUGAGGCUGCCAGUGAAGACGAAUAAAAUAUCUUAAAGUCACAGUCUAGCACUGAGUUCUGAUGAACAAAGACAUAAAGGAUGGUUGUUUCCUUUUUUGCUUCAAUGUCAAAAAUACAGUUGCUUUUUUAGCCGCCCGACAUCAUGUUGCGAUUUCACAGCAGUUUUGUUUAGCAUAUAUUGUUCUCAUAUUUUGUUAGGGAAACAAAUUGUUAUAUCAUGUUUACAAGUUUACAAGAUUGUAGAAAAUUUUGCAUGUGUCAAUACUGAUUGCGAUUUGAUCAAAUAGAAGAAUUGGGCAUUGUCGAAAAUAACACGAUUAAUGAAAUUAGUUGAUAUAUUUCUGUCUCUGCCAUUCUCCAUGCUAUUUACAGGUAUAAGAUAGUAUUGUUUAUUAGUAUUCACUUACUGAAUGGCUUGCUGGUCAAUAGUCAAAACUAUUGCCCAGUGUCUGAAAGCAACAAGUCUUGUCUAUUGACCAACAAGCCAGUCAGUAAGUGUUUUAUUAUCUGACAUAAGGAAUAUAUUUUUAUAUUUUUUUUCUUGAAGGAGCAAAAAUUUAGUAUUGAACUGUAGACCUGUCAGUAACACAAAUUUUGGACUAAAGAAAAAUUUAUAUAACAAAUCAUAUAUAAUUAAAUUUAUGUUUGUUUAUCAAAGAUUUAAAGGGAUAUGCCUACGUGUGUAUAUUACAACAUCAAUAUUUCCAAAUGGAAACUAAAUCUCUUUGAAGUAUCAGAAAUGAUAAAUCAGUAUUUUUACAGGUAAUAUUUUAUAUACAGCAGAAUUUGUACUACCAGUAUUACUGCAUGACUAAUCAUUAAAAAAGUUUUUCUACAACAAUGCUUUACAAAGAAUUUUACUGCUUUUAUUGAUAAUUGCAUUAUACAACUGAGAGUUGCUUAGUCUCUUCUGUCUUCUUGCUGUUGCUGACAAAUGAAAAUUUGUUUCUAAAAAAUAAACAUACAUUUUGAGGAAUGCCUGUUUUAAGAUUGAUAUGUUUAUAAUUUAUAUUAAAGUGAGAUAUUUUUAUUUCAAUUUUUGUCACAUAAACAAUUAUCAGGAACUCUUGUCAAUAACAUGACUUUCCUUUAAUAAGAUAAUACCAUUCAUAUGAAACAUCCUUCUUGAGAAAAAUAAUGAUAAUUUGAUCUUUUUAAAUUGACAAAAUGUUAUGAUUAUUUUCACAUUCAUUUAUAAAGAAAACAAUAAUGGUAGAUUGUUUUCUUUUCCAUUGUUAAUUUCAGUUAUUUUGGACACUCAGGUAUAAAAAUUUCAAUUUUGGCUUCAUUUUUAGCUCACCUGUCACAAAGUGACAAGGUGAGCUUUUGUGAUCGCGCGGUGUCCGUCGUCCGUGCGUCCGUCCGUGCGUCUGUCCGUAAACUUUUGCUUGUGACCACUCUAGAGGUCACAUUUUUCAUGGGAUCUUUAUGAAAGUUGGUCAGAAUGUUCAUCUUGAUGAUAUCUAGGUCAAGUUCGAAACUGGGUCACGUGCCUUCAAAAACUAGGUCAGUAGGUCUAAAAAUAGAAAAACCUUGUGACCUCUCUAGAGGCCAUAUAUUUCACAAGAUCUUCAUGAAAAUUGGUCAGAACGUUCACCUUGAUGAUAUCUAGGUCAAAUUCGAAACUGGGUCACAUGCCAUCAAAAUCUAGGUCAGUAGGUCAAAUAAUAGAAAAACCUUGUGACCUCUCUAGAGGCCAUAUUUUUCAUGGGAUCUGUAUGAAAGUUGGUCUGAAUGUUCAUCUUGAUGAUAUCUAGAUCAAGUUCGAAAGUGGGUCACGUGCCAUCAAAAACUAGGUCAGUAGGUCAAAUAAUAGAAAAACCUUGUGACCUCUCUAAAGGCCAUAUUUUUCAUGGGAUCUGUAUGAAAGUUGGUCUGAAUGUUCAUCUUGAUGAUAUCUAGGUCAAGUUCGAAACAGGGUCAUGUGCGGUCAAAAACUAGGUCAGUAGGUCUAAAAAUAGAAAAACCUUGUGACCUCUCUAGAGGCCAUACUUGUGAAUGGAUCUUUACAAAAAUUAGUCAGAAUGUUCACCUUGAUGAUAUCUAGGUCAAGUUCGAAACUGGGUCAUGUGCCAUAAAAAACUAGGUCAGUAGGGCAAAUAAUAAAAAAAACCAUGUGACCUCUCUAGAGGCCAUACUUUUCAUGGGAUCUGUAUGAAAGUUGGUCUGAAUGUUCAUCUUGAUGAUAUCUAGGUCAAGUUCGAAAGUGGGUCAACUGCGGUCAAAAACUAGGUCAGUAGAUCUAAAAUUUUUAAAAUCUUUUGACCUCUCUAGAGGCCAUAUUUUUCAAUGGAUCUUCAUGAAAAUUUAUCUGAAUGUUCACCUUGAUGAUAUCUAGGUAGGUGUCGAAACUGGGUCACGUGCGGUCAAAAACUAGGCCAGUAGGUAUAAAAAUAGAAAAACCUUGUGACCUCUCUAGAGGCCAUAUUUUUCAUGAGAUCUUCAUGAAAAUUAGUGAGAAUGUUCACCUUAAUGAUAUCUAGGUAAAGUUCAAAACAGGGUCACGUACCUUCGAAAACAAGGUCAAUAGGCCAGAUAAUAGAAAAACCUUGUGACCUCUCUAGAGACCAUAUUUUUCAAUGGAUCUUCAUGAAAAUUGGUCAGAAUUUUUAUCUUGAUAAUAUCUAGGUCAAGUUCAAAACUGGGUCACAUGAGCUCAAAAUCUAGGUCACUAUAUCAAAUAAUAGAAAAAAACGAUGUCGUACUCAAAACUGGGUCAUGUGGGAAGAGGUGAGCGAUUCAGGACCAUCAUGGUCCUCUUGUUAACUUGACUAUUCAAAGAAUAGAGGAGCUAUCCUACUCGCCCUGGCGUCGGCAUGAGCGUCACACAAAUGUUAAAGUUUGCGUACCACCCCAACUAUUUUUAAAGUCCAUUGAGAUAUUGCUUUCAUAUUUUGCAUACUUGUUUACCAUCAUGACCCCAGUCUGUAAAAAGGAGGAGGCAAAUCUAUCAAGCAUUUUGACUGAAUUAUGGCCCCUUUUCGACUUACAAUAAAUGUUAAAGUUUGCAUACAACCCCAAGUAUUUUCAAAGUCCAUUGAGAUAUUGCUUUCAUAUUUUGCAUACUUGUUAACCAUCAUGACCCCAGUCUGUAAAAAGGAGGAGGCAAUUCUAUCAAGCAUUUUGACUGAAUUAUGGCCUCUUUUCGACUUAGAAUAUGCUUAUUGUAAUGUUAAAGUUUUACUCAUUGCUUAUUUUAUACUAUCAAGCACCGAAAAUUAGUCGAGCGCACUGUCCACUGACAGCUCUUGUUUGAUAGAUUGUUUCAAUCCAUGUAAGCUUGAAAAUAAAUAUUCUUAUCUAACAACUGUACAAUUUUGAAAAAGAAAUUUUCAGAAAUGUUUCAUUGACCAGUGUUUUACAGAGGGUAAAAUAUAUAUUAAAUACAUGCAGUUUUAGCACUUAAUUUAUGAUGGUGGGCAUAUCACCAAUUAGUCAGUCAUAAAUCUGAUAAUAAUUCACACAGUCAUGGUAAAAUGAAUUUUAGAUGAUGAUAAUGUGACCAGAAAAAUGUGUUAAAAAUGUUGGUAUUUGUAUUUAGAUCUUUAUCUUAGUAGUUAUUUACUCCAUGCAGAGAAUGAAGAUAGUUUGUGUUUGAAGUUGAAUAACUUUUUACUAGGUUGAUAUAUCAUAAAUCAGUGGCAUAUCCCUAGAAAUUAACUUAUACCAUCCAUCAAGGUGUUGUUUGGUUUCUACCAGCUGCUUAUGUAGUAUCUCUAUUCAGGGAUUUCCUGCACUUGAUCAUACAUGAAUGUGUACUAUAAUAAUAAUAGUAAUAAUAAUAAUAAUUUCUUUAUUUUACGAAGGUAAACUCAUUAUGCAAUCACAUAAGCAGAUACAAAUGAAAUCACAUAUUUACAAUGAGGCCUUCAACAAGGUACUGAAUCUAAACCCCUCUUAUUAUCAGUUAUAGUCCGUCAAGAUCACAAGGGGAUGUUCCAGAUGCUCAAUUUAUCAAGGGUUUUUAGCAGUCCAAACAUAGAAAAUAUGAGUAAUACAGUACCGGAAGUUAUAAAGUGUUCCUAUAAGCCCAGGUGCCGUUUUAUUGUAGAUGUGUGUCCAUAGGACACUGUUACCCCAACUUUCUGUCACAGUAUGGUCAUAAUUAUGUUAUUUGUUGAUAUAUGCAAGACUAAAGAAACUUUCAUAUUAUCUUUGGGUGAGGUGGGCUGGGGGGAAGGGUGCCAGUCAAGAGGGUAGGGGAACUAAGGAUAUUACAAAACAAGAAGAAAGAGAAGAUAACUGCUUUGGGUGUAAAUCCCAAAUAAAACAGCAGGUAUAUAACUUUAUAUGCUGAACAACAUUCAUAUCAUGUUUCAUGACUCUAGGUCAAAUGCACAAGUUAAGCACAACACAAAUUGGGAUGGAUGGACAUACAAAGACAAAUAUAAGCGCACAAAAUAAGAAAGAUAUAUUGAAUGAAGACUGUCAUCAAAUUUUAAACUUAGUGAUGAAAGAAAGACUAUUUAAAUCAUUAGAUGAGAUUAUAUGCAUGUAGUUCAGUUUGCUGUUGUUUGUUAUAUUAUACAGAUAAAUUGCUUUCAGUUUUACAUACUGCCCUCCUUGUAACAAGACAUUGUUCUAUUUAUCCUCAUUUGUUAUUUUGGGUAUUUAUUGUUGUUACCGUUGCAUGUAUUUUAUUGAAUAAAGCUUGAAAGUUCUAA